UGCGAUUGUGUGGCUACCAUUUGUGAAUGAAGCAUCGUUGUCAACUAGACCUUUUCCUUUUCCCAUUUGCUGCUUUAACAAGUUUUUUUUGUGUCAUUAAUCUCCGCUCCCUUUCUCUCCAACAAACGGUACUAAAGGACUCAAAGUACCUCAAAAAGUAGGAAGGCUCCAUCAGGACAGCAGUGGCUGCUGCUAGAUCAUUUUCUACUUGCAAGAUGGGAUUGAACUUCUUACCUUCCUGCUCUGUGUGAGGUUCUUCUUCUUGCUCUGUUUAAGCAGCAUAACGAAGCCAUGGCUUGCAGUAUUGAUGGCCUAACAAGGAGCUCUCAUGAUUUGGAAUCAAAAUGAAGUCAAACACUUCAUCACUUUCUCCUGGAACCAGUCUCGCCUCUGCUGAAUCUUUAUCCAUGCCUCUUGUUUUUCCAGGAAGUUGUUCUCUCUGCUGAUAUAGGAUGUACUGAAUGCCAAGAGAGACUUGCAGACAUGAUGUCAAAAUUGGGUGAGAUAGAGUCUGUUGUGGUGAAUGCAUUGGAGAAGAAGGUUACACUCAUUUGCAGAUAUCCUAGAGUAGCCAAAGUACCGGCCCGUCCGCUAGUUGCUGCUGUUUACAGGAACCCCCUAAACAAAUUUGCCUUGAUUAAACGGAUAUUUCGUUCUUCCUCAAGUUGAUCAAUUCCAAGCCAGAUUGAGAAGUCCAAGAUGCUAUGGGAAAUUCAUAUCAGAAGUCUUCCUAAUUCCUUCAAUUGGAUUGGACAUGAAUAUUAGUUUUUCGCUCUGAUUAAUCGAUGAUUGGUACAUACUUAAGUUGGUGGUUUGGUUCCACAUUUUGUAAAUGAAUUUUUAUAGAAACGUAUAGUAAAAUAAGUGGGACAUAUUGGUAGAUUGAUUGGGCAAAUCCUUGACUACUUGUUCUGUUACUGUGUUUGUUUGAAAAAGAGACGGUUGGAAAAACUGGUUCCUGAGAGGGGCCUUAAAUUUUCUUUAAUAGAAACCUUUGAGUUCAAGAAAGAGAUGCUUUCUAAUGUUGCUAUGCAAAAGUGAUGCUUAGCCUUGCCAUUGUGACAGGAAACAGACAAAUAUUUAUAAUGAAGUUAAGGAUAUAUAAUAAGCCGCACAGAAGAAACAAAAAGCCUCUUUCUCAACUUCAAGCAUAGUCAGAUUCCAAAACGAAAAGGAAGAAUUUCCAUGGGAUGAUUCAAAAGUAGAAUAUCAAUUGGUUCACAAUCUUUCAUAUUCCCAAUAUUCCACAGCUGCCUUUUCCAUUUACCUUUCUCCAGUCAUCAAAACAACCCAAAAUUUCAUUUCAGGUCCUGGCAUUUCCAACUUCAUGGCAGGAAAGUAUUUUUGCAUGGUGAUGAGGCUCAAUAUUGACUGCAAUGGAUGUUGCAGGAAAGUAAGGAGAAUACUUCUAAACAUGAAAGAAAUAGAGACACAUUUGAUUGAGAAGCAGCAGUGCAGGGUAAGUGUGUGUGGGAGAUUUGUACCAGCAGAUGUGGCAAUAAAGAUGAGAAAGAAGAUGAACCGUCGAGUUGAAAUUCUGGAAAUUCUAGAGCUCGAUGGCACCACUGAACAAAUGGAGCAAAGGGCUAUGAUUGCUACUUGUAAAACACAUCAAUUAUAUUGUUAGGGUAAAUUUACUUUACCAGGUGAUUUGUUUUCCCUUUUUAGUGUGAAUACAAAAUUUACCUAGCAGUUAGUAAU